UCCUUACCUGCUUAGUAGAUAGAUGGAGACCAGAAACACAUACGUUUCACUUUCCUUGGGGAGAGAUGGCGCCUACUUUACAGGAUGUGUCUUACUUGUUGGGAUUACCUCUGGCCGGUGCUGCCAUAGGUCCCUUAGAGGCAGAAUCUGGGUGGCAAGCAGCGAUGCAGACCCGUUUUUUGGCUGCAGUCCCGACUGCUAGGGCUAUAGACAACGAUCCUCAUGGACCUCUUUUUAGAUGGUUGAGCCAGUUUCAGAUUGUCUCGUUAGGACAUCCCGACGUUCAGUUGUCGGAGGCUCAGAUUGACCGGUCCCUAGAGGCAUAUAUUCUUUGGCUAUUCGGCAAGACAAUGUUUACGGAGAACCACGUGACCACUGUCGAUGCACGACUCAUCGGUAUUGCACGAGAGAUAGCUGACGCACGUUGCCCUGCGGAUAUUCUACAGAGGAGUUUUGGUUCUGCUGUGUUAGCGGCUACGUACAGAGGCCUGUGCAAAGCUUGCUUGUUGAAGUCUAGAAAAUCUAGUCUUGUUGGAUGUCCAUUAUUGUUGCAGCUUUGGUCAUACGAGAGGUUCCCUAUUGGACGACCCUAUGUCUACAUUGAUAAACCUUUUGGUUUGGAGGACUUAGCUGGGACUUAUGUGCCUGCUAUCGGCGACUUACCUACUAUGGGAUCUGUUUGGACACGGCGAGAGUUUGCGCAUACUCAGGUUAGGGGAUGCUACCCGUCCUUCAUGGCGCAGUUUGAUAGUUUGCACGAGGAUCAAGUUAUUUGGGAGCCAUACUCGCCUCAGGCUAUAUCAUCGAGGUACCCAGUUGGGAUUUCUGGAUUGUGCACUAGAGAUCGGCACUUUUGGAUGACCAAGGCCAAGUUGGUGUUCGACGUGACGGUUGAGGAGAUGUCUCUUCAUAGGGUGAUGAGACAGUUCGGUCUAUAUCAAGAGCCUGCGAUUCCAGAUAUUCCACACUUGCCAGACCACGUGCACAAGGACAGUCGCCUAGGAGGAAACAAGUCCAUGACUUAUUGGCUUGAGAGCAUUACCCCUUACGUUGACGAAUGGACUACCGCUGCGACAAAUAUCUGGGGUGAGGUUCGGCCCUUUAACUGGGAAAUGUUUGGGUUGUAUCUGCAGCGUUACCGGCAUACAACGAGGAUCUACUUGGUUCCAUCAGCUGCUACUGAUCAGAUCGAAGCCCCUCUCACCAGCGAUAUGUACCCAACUACUCUGUUGUGGGAACCAGACACCACGCGACAUAUUCGCUUGGUUGUCUAUUCGUGGUGUCUAUCAUACAACGAGCAUAUAAUUGGUUCAUUCUUUGUGUACAGGCAGUCACUGAUGCUUACUGGUGGUGCUUCGUUCAUGCAUUUGUAUCAAUUUUACUUUACCGCAGGCGGCAACCAGUCGCAACCAUUCAUGCAUUCAGAGCAGUCACCGAUCCUUAGUGGUGGUGCUUCGUACUUUGAGGGCGACCGCGAGGAUGAUGACCAAGCUACAAACAUUUAUGGCUUCUCGCAGACAGUGUUUCACACUCCACCACCACCACUGAGGCAGGAGACACAGACCGUGACAGACGAGUUACAUUUCCAAAUAGACUACAACCGAUAA